UUGGCCUAAUGAUAAAGAACCAAAAUUUGCUCUUAUUUGCUUUCUACUUUAGUCUCCUCGGUGAACUAAGUGGCCAAGGUGGUGGCCUUGGACCUGCGGUGGACGGCGAAGAGGUUGGUGUUGGGUUAAUCGUUGAUAUGGGAUCGAGGGAGGGGAAAGUUAUCCAUGGCCGCGUUUCCAUGGCGAUUUCCGAUUUCAAUAGCUUUGGUAGGGACAACCAAAUGAGGAUAGUUCUCCAUACAAGAGACUCCAAAGGGGACCCUUUGCUUGCUUUAUCUUCCGCUUUUAAUCUCAGGGAAAAUAACAAAGUCAAGGUCAUCCUCAUUACGCAAAAAUCAACAUUGUCUUUGUCUGAAUUUGGGAAUUACACCAAAAUUCCGGUAAUCCCAAUUUCUGCCCCAUACUUGAUUCAAGUUCCACCACAUGACCAUGCCGAAGUGAAAGGAAUUAUUGCUUUCGCAGAAUUACAUAAAUGGGAAAAGGUUAUCCUCAUUUACGAAGAUCAUAAUGACAAUCAUUGGAGUGAUUUCUUUGAAGAGAAAAAGUUUCAGGUUGCAUAUAAAAGCUCAGUGGCUGCUUCAUCGAAAGAUGAACACAUAAUUGAAGAGCUUCAUAGGCUCAAAGCAAUGGAAACUUCGAUAUUCCUUGUGCAUGUUGAACCUGUCUUAGCAUCUCGUAUUUUCGUACACGCGAAAAGGCUAGGAAUGGCUAGCCAAGGGUAUGCAUGGAUCGUGACUUCUAAGAGCAUGAAUCACUUGCACAAUUUGAAAGAUCGUUCAUCGAUGCAAGGAUUCAUUGGUUUCAGGUCUUAUAAUAUUACAGAGUCGAAGGAGUUUGAUAUGUUACAACUGAUGGACUUCAUUACUCAAAUGGUCAAUUUCGAAAUAGUGAAUGUGUUAGGUACUGAAGGGGAAAGAAGAGUUGGAUUUUGGACAGGCAAAUUCACCAACAAAUUAUCACACGGGUUUGCCCAUGGAAGGCAUUUAUUUUCAAGCUCCGGCUUCGAAACAAUAAUAUGGCCUGGUGGGACAUCAACCAUUCCCAAAGGUCGAAGGAUGCAAACGAGCACCAAGACCCUAAGGAUUGCUGUUCCAAAAUCAAACGGGUUCCCUCAAUUGCUGAAAGUGGACAUUGAUCUUCAGACCAAUAUCACCUUCUCCGGUUUCUGCAUAGAAGUUUUCAAAGCUGCAAUGGCGGGUUUGGAGCAUCAGGUGCCGUAUGAGUUCGUCCCCUUCGAAUAUAAUACGACACACAUCGGUGAGGCGUAUAGUGAUCUUGUCUACCAAGUAUAUCUCCAGAAGUACGAUGCUGCUGUUGGGGACAUAACGAUCACAUCAAGUAGAUCAUUGUACGUGGAUUUUACUUUACCGUUUACCGACAUGGGGAUCGGGAUGGUUUCUCGGCUAACCCCAAAGGAGAACCAAAACUUGUGGAUUUUCUUGAAACCACUCACACCAGGUCUUUGGCUUACAAUUGUUGGAGUUUAUGUCUUAUCAGCUUUAUUUAUUUGGCUGAUUGAACGCCCUGCAUCUGUUGAACAACAAACCCGGCAAUCAAAUGGGGAAAUUGGAAGGAUGUUUGGCUUCUCCUUCUCUAUCUUUGUUUUUGCACAUUGGGAGAAAUUAUCGAGCAACUUGUCGAGAUCAGUAGUUGUUUUGUGGGUGUUUGUGCUGUUCAUAUUGGGCUCGAAUUACACCGCCACUUUGACAUCAAUGAUGACGGUUCAACAGAUUGAAUUCAACUCUGGGAAGAGCACCGUAGGACGUGGAGCAGGUCCUGUUGCCCAAGAAGCUAUUGGCAAUCCAUAUUUCCCGAAUUCACAUUCAAAAUCUAUCAGGCUUACUUCACUCGAAGAAUAUGUGAAGGCUUUAUCGGAAGGAAGUAAAAAUGGUGGAGUCUCUGCGUUAAUCGAGGAGAUGCCAUACAUCAACGUCUUCGUAGAAAAAUAUCCUACACGUUUUUCCAAGGUCGGCCACGUCAUGCCUACCACCAAUGGCUUUGGCUUUGCAUUUCGAAAAGGUUCACCCAUAGCUCAUGACAUAUCAAGGGAAAUUGCAAAACUAAGAGAAGACGGGACGCUUCAAAGGCUUGAAAAUGAGUGGUUCAAAAAUCCGAUCAUUGAUUUUGAUUCACGUAAUACUUCGGACAGUGUGAAUCCACUUACAGUAAGGGAUUUUGGAGGCUUGUUCUUUAUUAACGGAAUUUUUUUAGCUAUAACCUGUUUCUUGUUCCUCACUUCUUUGCUUUACAAAAACAUCCAUGUUAUGAAAGAAUGGGGACGACUUGUGAAACAGUACAUUUGCAUGAAAAUAUUCAAAAACAAAAGAGAUGCCAAUGCGGUACAUCCAGAGUUGGAUAAUUUAUGAAGUUCAUGAACCUUAUUUGUAAAUUCCAGUAAGUUGUACAAUUUUUUUAAAGAAUAUUCUCGUUACUCUUUGAGGACCUUUGUUUUC